GCUUUCUUUUUUUCCCCCUAACUAUGGCACCGCCUUAGAGAGGCACCACAAUGCUUUUGCCGUCCUUUAGCGCGAACAGAUAGCAUUGGCCCUCGACUAAAGAUAGCUUGUGUAACGGCCCACCCGCACGCGCCCGAGCAAGCGCUCUCAAACACGCGCAAGCCUGCUUUCUACUAAUAGGCCGUGCACGUGGAUGGAGGCGCCGGCACAUGCCUCGGUUGCACGACACCGCCGCAGAGGGCCGCUGCCUGUCUCUUCGCUGAGCAGACGAGCACGUUGCAGCGGGGGUCGCUGCUGCCUGCUUGCUCCCCCGCACGUCCUUCCUUAUCUCUCGGGAGAAACGAUGUGGCUGCUGGCGUGUUUCGCACCGGCUGCCCUCCUGCUCGCCCUGUUCGCCUACAACAGGCUGUCCACGAGGGUCUGCCGGUGCAAGGCCGACCUGAGCGGACGAACGGUGGUCAUCACGGGAGCCAACACCGGUAUCGGCUACGAGACGGCCCGCCAGUUGGCCCUACGCGGCGCUCGGCUCGUGCUCGGCUGUCGCAACGAGGAGCGCGCCAGGCGCGCCGUCGAGCGGCUGUGCGCGGAGACGCGCAGCUCGGCGGUCAGCUGGCUGCCGCUGGACACGUCGAGUCCGGACUCGGUGCGCGCCUUCGUCGAUCGCCUGCUGCGCCUCACGGGCGGGCGCGUGCACGUGCUGGUCAACAACGCGGCCACCGCGGCCGCCUACGACCGCCGGCGACUGACGGCCGAGGGCCACGAGCUUGUCUGGGCCACCAACUACCUGGGCCACUACCUGCUGACGCGACUGCUGCUGCCGACGCUACGGGAUUGCGCGCCCUCUCGCGUCGUCAACCUGACGUCAGUGGCGCAGCAGAUGGCGCGCAUCGACUGGGACGACGUGCAGGGCCUGCGUGGUACCUGGGCAGCCGGCCGCGCUUACUGCAACACCAAGCGAGCCAUGCUCCUCUUCACCGCCGAGCUGGCCCGACGUCUGCACGGAAGCGGCGUGAGCGUGUCCGCAGUACAUCCCGGUGUGGUGGACACACCCGUCGCCCGAGGCCUAACGCGUGUGGGAGAACCCUGGUUCGGCUUGCUGUCCACCUUAUUCGGAGGCAAGACGGUGCGCGAGGCCUGCGAGACGACUGUGCACGCGGUCGUGGCGGCGAACCCACGCAGCGGCUGGUACCUGUCCGAUUGUCGUGCCCGGUGGCCAGCCGCCCGCUGCGCCGACGACGAGCGUGACGCCGGCCGCCUGUGGGCGCUCAGCGAGCUCAGCUUUCCGACGCUGCCGCCGGUGGGAGAAGGCAGUCGAUGACUCGUCGCCUCUGCAGCCCUGUCUCGAACGGUCGCAGUGAUCAACACCUACAGACGCCACGGCCUUCCAGCGGCCACAGAGACUGACCUGCUGUUCACAGUGUGUCCACAGCUCCCUGCGCUGCGAAGCCUGCUGGAGUUGAUAAGUUCCACGGGAAUAGACACCCUACAAGCGCCCGCUACAACGCUGGCAACUUUACAGAGGACUGCCACCUGUCGCGCAUAGUGGAGUCUAUUAGGCCACAUCCUCCCUCUUUCUCUAUCAUCUUUCACUACCCAUUCCCUCUCCCCUGAUGACGCUUCGCCGUGCUGCGUGACGGGUUGCAGAACCAAGCGUCCUUCCUUUCCUUAGAUCACUAUCAUCAUCGCUCAUUCUGUACUGCACCGCCUGAGAGGCCAUGCCUCCCUGCAGUGUGCUCCACGCACCCCGGACACCUUUUCUAAGCCCACGUGUACAGCAGGCCUGUACCCGUGGUGCGCGGUUACAUUCAGUGUGGUGUUCGGACGCGAAGUCUGUAGACCGGAGUUGGGCGGACUAUGUAGGAAGGCUUGUAAGGCGCCAUUUUGGACGUCGAGUGAGAGCGCUAUUCGCCACUUCCUCCGGUUUUGGAGUACCGUCUCUCGCCGAGUGAACUGUGCCAAUUCUGGAGACCGCGUAAUCGAGGGCGGUGAAUUGGUGGGCCGAUUCCGAACCCUGUGCACGAUGUUUCCUCGCAAGAAGUUUAAUCCACCAGAGCCCAACGUACCAUUUUUGAUAUGUUGAACUUCGUACCUGAUAAUACUUAUUUAGGCGCGAGAAACUUAAUGGUUAGGACGGUGUGGUAACAUUUUUGACACCCCGGUGCUAAGUUGCAGCAAUGGACAGUUCAAGAAACAAAAUGACUUGUGCAUUGCUAUUGUGAUUACAUUUUAAUUGAAAUACCACGUCAUAGUGUUUUCAUAAUAUAUGUGGCCUAUUCGUGGCCAGGAAUGAA